AUGGGGAAGAGGAAGUCGAGGACCUCCAAGCUGAUGGCGGAGCCCAAGAAGAAGCCGAAGCUGGACACGGACUUCACCUGCCCCUUCUGCAACCAUCCGGGUGCCGUCCAGUGCGACAUCUUCUUUAAAGCACGCCGUCCGUUCGCCGUGGCGUCGUGCAGCGUCUGCAAGGAGACCUAUGCCACCAAGGCCAACGCACUGACGGAGCCCAUCGACGUCUACAGCGAGUGGAUCGACUCCUGCGAGGAAGCCAACGAGGGCGUCGUCGUCCGCCGGCCGCGCUUGGGGGAAGCUAGGAACUAG